AUGGCACCCACACACACUCUCAUCCUGCUCUACUGUUGGGUCUCAGUUUGGUGCCGGAGCGUCCCGAACGAGACGCGCGUCUAUCUGGACAACAUCACCCGAAUCCUGGACGGAUUACUGGAUGGAUACGACAACAGACUGCGGCCCGGAUUUGGAGGUCCAGUGACGGAGGUUAUAACUGAUAUUUUCGUCACCAGUUUCGGCCCGGUGUCUGACGUGGAGAUGGAGUACACCAUGGACGUGUUCUUCAGACAGACGUGGAUAGACGAGCGUCUGCGCUUCCAGGGUCCCAUCGAGAUCCUGCGUCUCAACAACCUGAUGGUAAGCAAGAUCUGGACCCCGGACACCUUCUUCCGGAACGGGAAGCGCUCCAUCGCUCACAACAUGACCACGCCCAACAAGCUGUUCCGCAUCAUGCAGAACGGAACCAUCCUCUACACCAUGAGAUUAACCAUCAACGCCGAAUGUCCGAUGAGGCUGAUCAACUUCCCCAUGGACGGGCACUCCUGCCCCCUCAAAUUCGGCAGCUAUGCCUACCCCAUGAGCGAGAUCGUGUACACUUGGAAGAAGGGACCCUUAUUUUCGGUUGAGGUGCCGCAGGAAUCGUCCAGCCUCCUGCAGUAUGACCUGAUCGGUCAGACGGUGUCCAGCGAGCGACUCAAAUCCAACACCGGUGAGUACAUGGUGAUGACGGUGCACUUCCACCUGCAGAGGAAGAUGGGCUUCUUCCUCAUCCAGACCUACAUCCCCUGCAUCAUGACCGUCAUCCUCGCUCAGGUCUCCUUCUGGAUCAACAAGGAGUCCGUCCCUGCCAGAACCGUCUUCGGUAUCACCACCGUACUCACCAUGACAACGCUGAGCAUCAGCGCCCGCCACUCGCUCCCCAAGGUCUCGUACGCCACCGCCAUGGACUGGUUCAUCGCCGUCUGCUUCGCCUUCGUCUUCUCCGCCCUCAUCGAAUUCGCAGCCGUGAACUACUUCUCCACCGUGCAGGCCAAACGGGAAUGUCGCCGCGCCAACGCCGCCAGCGCCAGCGCCAUCCGGACGCCCGUUCUGCCCAUCCCCAAGAGCGACGGCAAAGUGGUUUCGCCGUUGGUGGAUCCCGGCGGUGUUCUGAAGAAACGAUUAAACUCCGUGUCUCAAAUACCAAACGCCGCCGCUCCUGCCAACCUGAUGCCCGAUGUGCACCAGCAGGGUUCGGACGUGCCCGCUGACGCCAUGCUGACGGGCACCAGCAUCAUCGAUAAGUACUCGCGGAUCCUGUUCCCGCUCUCCUUCGGUGCUUUUAACCUGGUUUACUGGAUCGUCUACCUCACCAAAGACACCAUGGAGUCCAGGUGGGUCACCGGAAUUGCUCCACACCAAACGCUGAAACAGAAACGGUCCUUCCCUAAACUCCUGAACUCCACGCCGACUGUCCUCCCUUCCAAACGUCCGAACCUUUUCGGCGAGGUUGUGUUCGGCGGAGCAGAUGGCACACAGACGUUCAUGCGGUACCCGGCUUUGGUCCGCGGCUCUAAUCACCCGUGUGAAGUGCACGCUGAGGGCUGCACGCUGAAGGACCGAGGUGACGUUAUGCGCCGUGCCAUCUUAGUGCCGGGCGGCUGCAGCAGCAGCAGCAGCAUCCGCGCUGUCCCGGCGGAGCAGCUCGAGCAUCACUGGGCAGCGACAUCAGCGGCACCGCGGAGCGGCUUUAUACCGGGGAACCGGCGGCACGUGUGUGACUGCGCAGAUCAGACCUUCAUCAUCAUCAUCAUCAUCUGUACCACCUCCUUCAUCAUCCUCAGCAUCCUCAUCCUCAGCAUCCUCAGCACCAGCGGCUUCUCAUCGCGGAGUUGA